AUGCAGCGUUCUCUCCGAAGCGUCCGAUCCGCUCCGUCGUCCCUCCGGGCGCAGUAUCUCCAUUCGUCCGCGUCGACUCCUACGCCUUCACAUAUCUUCAACAAGACUGGUACCGCGUACAAGAACUUGACUGUCGAUAACCUCAAGGCUGAGUGCCGCAAGCGGGGCCUCAAAGUUAGCGGAAACAAAAAACAUCUCAUUGAUCGUCUCGCUAUCGAUGACUCGUCCUCUUCGUUCUCUACCUUAGCCUCUCCUCCUGCAAAGGCCAAGAGCAAAGCUCCGAGAAUGCCUUUGACUCCCCAGCCGAAAAACAUCUCGACAGUUGCCUUGCCCAAGACACCUCUUGAGGCGGUCAAAGUCGAGAAAGCAAGCCCGAUGAAGAAGGUCCAGCAGGAGGCUGUGCGUACGUUCCACGCUACCCAGUUCACCAAGGCCAAGGACGAUGAUUCUACGAUUGAUUUCUAUCAUAUGCCGAAGGUCUCGGUCGUAAAAGAGCCUCUGGCGGCCGUUUUCAUUCCUGUGAUUCCUGGAAACCUCAGCGUGCAGGCCACCACUCCUGCCGUGGACGUUGCCUCGAGCCGACCUGAGAUCCACCACGUCAGCGGCGACAAUGUUGCGCAGCCGAUCCAGGAUGCGCUCGAUAACUACAGCGUCGCCGAGGCUGACUCGAACGAGUAUACUCAUGAUCCCAAUGAGCUCCAGUCGCGUGACAAGCUCGUGCUCACGUCUUUGCUUGCCGGCACGCUCGCGUGGUUCGGCCUCGGAAAGCUGACGGAGGACAAGCACUGA